AUGGGGCACGUCUCUCCACGGCCGGACGACAAGGGCACCCUACUACGACAGCUUGACUGUGGCAAGUUUGAAGAGGUGACCUACAAAAUCGACCAACGAAUACAGCACAUAGAGGAGUCGCAUGACGCGGAUGCGGAAUAUCCUUGCACUCCAGGAAGCGAAACGGUUGAAAAGCGUCCUGGGUAUGUGGAUGUUAUCGCUCGAAGCCAGAGGGAACAUGAUGCUCUGAAGAGACUGGCUGAAGACUUCGAGGCCGCUCAGAACAGCAGAGUCCUGAAAGAGGAUGAGGGCGCGGGAACAGAGCAAGAGCAUAUGGAGCAGGGCGAGAGCUCUUCCUGGCCACCGGAAGAGGAACAAGUCUCUGGCGAGCGGGAACUGGGAGAAACUAGACGAUUUCAUCAAUACACUCUGGAGGGCAGGUUUCACGGCAGCCCCGUUGAAAUCCCCCUCCCCAGAGACGAAUUUAUACUGCCUAUCCGGGAACUUCUCGAGAGAAGUCACUUGAAGCAUGUCAAACAAGCCGCGGAGGCAGCCUUUGGCGGGCCAGGACUCCCCACCUCGCCCUCCACGCCCGAAGGACGAAAGAACGGCUUGAUGGGAGGAGUUGGGCUCCCGCCUGACCAACGACAGAUGUCUGAAAUCGAAGCAGAUGCGUUCCUCGCAGGCUAUCUACCACCAGCGUACGCUUCGGUCAUGUCGAUUUUACGAGAAGUUCGAAGACGAGUAGGCGGUGGAUGGAUACAGUCCCGCCUCAAGCAGGGCCAACAAGGCUGUUUCAGCGUCUUGGAUGCCGGUGCUGGCGGUGCAGGCUUAGUAGCUUGGGAGCAAGUCGUCAAGGCCGAGUGGUGCUUGCUGAAGGAGAAAGGCGAGGUCAUCGGGCCGCGACCAACGGGCAGGAAGACAGUCGUUGCCGCGUCAGAUCGAUUAAGGCACCGCCUCAAGCACUUUUUACACGACACAACAUUUCUGCCGCGGCUGCCCGACUACGAACACUCGGGCGAAAUGCAAGGCGAACAUCUUGACGCCGGAGCCAAGCCACAGACCCGAAAGAGCUUUGACAUUAUCAUUGCUUCGCAUUUGUUCCUCAAGGAGAAGCAGGAUCACUACAGACAGGCGAUUCUGAACAAUCUGUGGAGUCUACUUGACAAGAAUGGCGGCAUUCUGAUCGUCCUCGAAAAAGCCCAUCCCAGGGGCUUCGAGGCGGUAGCUCACGUUCGGGACACCGUACUGAACCAGUUCCUCCUCCCAGAGUCUGGAGAGGCCAAGAUUAGCGCCGAAGAUCUCAACCCAGCAUAUCAUCGGGAACUCGAGACAGGUCACAUCGUCGCACCAUGCUCCAACCACGGCCCAUGUCCCAUGUACCAGGAACCCGGGCAGAGCAAGGGCCGCAAGGAUUACUGCCGCUUCAAUCAACGCUUCGUACAGCCAUCAUUCUACAGUCAGAUGCUGGGAAAGCACGCGAACAACCAGGGCGAAGUCGAGUUCAGCUACGUUGCGAUCCAGCGAGGCUCGCCCAGGAGCAGCCAUCUCGCGGGGCCGGAAGCCACGGCGCUGGCAUUCCAAGGCUACGAAAAAUCACAGGAAAGGCCUGACAUGCAAACACUGCCGCGGCUUGUUCUGCCGCCGCUGAAGCGCAAAGGCCACGUCACACUGGAUGUCUGCACGGCAGAAGGGAAGAUUGAGCGGUGGACAGUGCCCAAGAGCUUCAGCAAGCUCGCCUACCACGAUGCGAGAAAGUCGAGAUGGGGAGACUUGUGGGCACUAGGGGCAAAGACAAGAGUGGCGCGCAACGUGAGGGCUGGCGUCGGCAAAGACGAUGGAGGGAAGCGUGCGGCGGCGGCCGACAAAAAGAAGCGUCGCAAGGUCGAGGUUGCCAUGGACAACGGGCGACUGGCGGCGACGGAGAAGCAUGCGCCCAAGGACCGGCGGCCCAAGAGCAAGGCUGCCAAGCAGCGCGACCUGAUGAAGGAGCUGUUUGAUGCCGAGGCCAGAGAAGAGGCACAGCUGGACAGGGAGCUCGACGAGGAGGCCGAAGCAGAGCUGGAAGAGGCGGAGAGACGGGCACAACUCUGA